AUGACGCUGCAGCUGGGACGUUCAUCACGGAGAUGGGCCUAUGCGCCCAGGCCAUGGCCGAAGAAGCUGCUGCGAUGCUGUGCUCUGCUGGCUCUCCUGGCCUUGGCCGCAAACUCACUUCCCAAGAGGACAUUCUCGCCGCUUGGCUUCGGCAAGAGCGAACUCAAGCCGGAGGUCCAAAUGCAUGCCAAUGGCCCCAAUGGUCACAGUGGUCCAGCGCGUGGUCCCGAGACCCGAGCAGAGGAACCUGCGUUCUUUGACUCCUUCCUGGACGGACUCCAAACUUCUGCCAGGGUGCUGGGAGGGAUGGCUCUCGUCCUCGUGGCUUUGCUCGGACCUGUCGCACCGUCGGCUGUGAAGGCUGAAGAAGUAGCGGCAGUGGCAGAGGACCCAGCCCAGAAGAGGAAGGAGGAAAUCGAAAGGAGAAAAGCGGAGGCCAAGGCCAAGCGAGAGGAAGAGGAACAACGAAGAAAGGAGGUGGCCGAAAAGAAGCAGGCCGAGAUGCAGAAGGCACGGGAGGAGGCAGAGGCCCUACGAGCCAAGAAGAAGGAGGAAGCCGAGAAGGCGCGUGCAGAGGAAGCGGCCAAGCGCAAAGAAGAGGAGGACAAGAAGAAGGCAGAGGCCGAGGCCAAGCGACAGGAGGAGGCCAAGAAGAAAGAAGAAGCCGAGAAGGCGCGAGCAGAGGAAGCCGCCAAGCGCAAGGCGGAGGCCGAGGCCAAACGACAGGAGGAGGCCAAAAAGAAGGAGGAGGCCGAGAAGGCUCGCGCAGAGGAAGCCGCCAAGAAGAAGGCGGAGGCCGAGGCCAAGCGACAGGAGGAAGCCAAGAAGAAGGAGGAGGCCGAGAAGGCGCGCGCAGAGGAAGCCGCCAAGAAGAAGGCGGAGGCCGAGGCCAAGCGACAGGAGGAAGCCAAGAAGAAGGAGGAGGCCGAGAAGGCGCGCGCAGAGGAAGCCGCCAAGAAGAAGGCGGAGGCCGAGGCCAAGCGACAGGAGGAAGCCAAGAAGAAGGAGGAGGCCGAGAAGGCACGCGCAGAGGAAGCGGCCAAGCGCAAGGCAGAGGCCGAGGCCAAGCGACAGGAGGAAGCCAAGAAGAAGGAGGAGGCCGAGAAGGUGCGCGCAGAGGAAGCCGCCAAGAAGAAGGCGGAAGCCGAGGCCAAGCGACAGGAGGAAGCCAAGAAGAAGGAAGAGGCCGAGAAGGCGCGCGCGGAGGAAGCGGCCAAGCGCAAGGCGGAGGCCGAGGCCAAGCGACAGGAGGAAGCCCAGAAGAAGGAGGAGGCCGAGAAGGCGCGCGCGGAGGAAGCGGCCAAGCGCAAGGCGGAGGCCGAGGCCAAGCGACAGGAGGAAGCCCAGAAGAAGGAGGAGGCCGAGAAGGCGCGCGCAGAGGAAGCUGCUAAGAAGAAGGCGGAGGAGGAGCAGAGAAAGCAAGAUGCAGAGGCAAGACGCCAAGCAGAGGAGCAGAAGAAGAAGCAGGAGGCGGAGGCCAGACAACAGGAGGAAGCCAAGAAGAAGGUGGAAGCCGAGAAGGCACGCGAGGAGAAGGCCAAAGCAGCUGCAGAGGCGAAGAAGGCGAAGGAAGCCAAGGACAAAGCAGACAAAGCAGCUGCCGAGGCUAAGAAAGCAGCGGACGCCAAAGCGGCAGCAGAGGCGAAGAAGGCGCGGGAAGAGAAGGAAAAAGCAGACAGAGCAGCUGCCGAGGCUAAGAAAGCUGCGGAUGCGAAAGCAGCAGCAGAGGCGAAGGCUGCGGCGGAAAACAAGGCCGCGGCAGAAAAGGCAAAGGCUGCACGUAGCGCCAGCGCGCCAGCGAAGGUGAGGAGAACCGCUGAUGAGGAGCUGGCGGACAGCGUCUCGAAGAGGUUCAAAGCAAAGGAGAAGGCCAGCAAGGCCCUGCAAAGCCUGGAACAGAAGAUGAAGGGGGAAGAGGCCAAAGACCGAGAUUUGACAAGCCAGAUCUCCAACCUCAGCAGCAAGAUCAAGAAGGUGGAUGAGGAGUACAAGAAGGGAAAGGGGAAGGAAAAGGAUGCCAAGCUCAAGGAGCUCAAUCAGCUCCGAGACCAGAAGGUGAUUUUGGAGAGGCAGAAGAAGACCACAGAGGCUUCGCUCGUGGAUGAGAAGCGUUCUCAGAACACGUUGAAGAAGGAGCUGGAGACCGCAGAGAAGAGCCUUGAGAGCUCCAAGCAAAGUGUUAAGCAAGAGCUCGAAAAGCUGCGCAAAGAUGCAAAGCCUACCUUGGAGAAGGCCGUGAGCCAGGCAAAGCAGAAGGUGGAGCAAUUGAAGAAGGCGGAGACUGAAGCGGAUUCCCGCAUACAGAAACUCCAGAAACAGCAAAAGGAACUUGCGACUCGCGCUCAGUCCGCCGAAGGCCGACUCCAGACGGAGCUUUCUCAGGCCAAGCAGGCCGUCGACAAGGCUGAUUCCGGCAAGCUCUUCAUCUCACCAAAGCGAGAAGCCAAGAAGCUGGCCACCAAGAAGCAGCGUGAGCUGAAGAAGCUCACUCAGGCAGACAAGGCAGAAAGCUCGGAAAUUGCAAGGAACUUGCAAGAGGCAACGAAGGUCAAGAACUCAUCGGACUCCCAGGUCAAAGACGCUGCCGCCAAGCUAUCCAAGGCUGAGGCAAACCUUGCAUCCGAGAAGCAGUCCGAAGAUGCCCUACAGGGCGCACUCAACCAGCUGCAGCCGAAGUUCUUCUUCGGUUUGUUCUGA